AUGCCAGUUCCCGAUCGCGGACCACCUGUCAAGUUUGACCAUACGGGUGAACUAUCCGGAUUUGUAAAUCACUCACAACAUCGAGUGAUGUACAAAAACAAAAUGUACCCAACGGCGAUGCACCUCCUUGAGGCGAUGAAAUUCACGGAACACCCUAAGCUUCAGGAGCGCAUACGAAAGUGCACCGAUGUUGGUGACAUGUACCCGUUGUCGGCUAGUUUUCAGGACCACGUGCGACCAGAUUGGGGUCAGGUAUUCUUGAGGACUAUGGAAGAUGUGCUGUAUAUAAAGUUCAAGCAACAUCCUAGCCUUCGGGCAUUGCUUUUGCGCACAGGCCUUGCUGAUAUUGUGUAUGCCGAUGCCAAUGAUGCGUACUGGGGUCAUGGUCCUUCAGGUGAUGGUGCCAACGAACUUGGAAAGGCCUUGGUGCGCGUACGGGACAGACUUCGUGCGGAAGGGGAAAGAUAG